AUGGAGCACGGCCAGCUCCUCUCUGCCGGGAGUCUGAGGCCGGAGCCGGGGCAGCGUCUGCCUGUGGGAACUGGCCGGGCUUGGCGCGGCACUCUGUCCCCGCCGCGUUUGGGCACACGCGCAGCAGACUGGGCGCACCCGGCAGAUCGCGGUUCUGCGUCUUGCGCCCCACCGCGAAUCAACUCCGAGCCGGCCCUUGCGCCGCCGUUUCCGGCUGCGUGUCCGCCGUCUCCCUCCGUUCCACUGCCGCAGCGUGGGCUGCGUCCCGGCAUUCACGGCGUCGCUCCAGCUCCUGGAGAAAGCAUCGGUUUCUCUGGAGACGUGCGCAGCCACGCGGGAUCCUUCGGCCAUCACCCGCAACAGAGUCUCGCCACACGCCUGCAGAGCUCCGAGAGACGCCCCCGCGAUGCCGAAGCGUCUUUCCUCGCGGAGCGUACCAAGAUGUGGGGGGCCGUGGCAGGGGCGUCGAGCGGCGACGAAGCCAAACCGCUGGAGCGAACCGCCUUCUCGGUGAGUGAAGAGACACCGCUUUCGAGCGUCUCCAAGGACCACGCGAAUUACCCAUCUUUCUUCCCUCCAACCUCUCAGGCAGGAACACCCGCUGAAAGAGAGACAGGUUUGAGAGAUCCUGCUGGACAAGGCCGGCCGCGAAGUCCUGGUGGACCGACGUACCCAGGACAUCUUCCGUCUCCCGUUUCCUUCGCUUCACUGGCUGCCCUCCGGCAGCACGGGGGGGGUCCGGCGACGCGUUCGCGUUGGGGGGCUGGAGAAGCCCACUCGGAGGAAUCCAAGCACCUUGCAGAGACAAGAAGCGACGGAGAAGAUCCGGCUUCCUCUGGUGCCGGCACGCGAGAAAACCCCGCGGGAUUCGAGGGAGGACACGACCCCGCGGGCCCGCGCGUUUCCUCGUUCACCGGAUCGAGACUACUCGAGUCCGUCUCCCAGGUGUACAUCCCGGAGAAACUGCAGUGUGAACCCCAAGUUGUGGAAACCGUCAUCACAGUCCCACGCGUUAUGUACGAACAGAAAAUCACAGAAGUGCCUCAGGUGAUGGUUCGCGAGCGCGUAGUCGAAGUCCCCCAAGUCGUCCGAAAGGAGAAAGUUGUCACAAUUCCCAAAAUUGAAAUCCAGGAGAAAAUCGUCGAGCUGCCAGUCAUCAAGUACGUGGACAAAGUCGUGGAGGUGCCGCAGUACGUCAUUGCCGAGAAGUUCAUUUCGACAGACGAGGUGAUUCGCCAGGAAAAAAUAGUGCCGAUCCCCAAGAUCGAGGUCGUAGAGAAAAUCAUCCAAACGCCGAAAGUCAUUCAAGUCGAAAAGAUUGUCGAUGUCCCCCGGAUUGAAUACAGAGAGGUUGAAAUCGAGAAGGUUGUGGAAGUCCCCCAGGUCGAGAUUCAGUACGUCGAGCGGGAGGUUCCCGUGCCCCAGAGGGUCAUUAGGCACGUCCACGUCGACAAAAUCGUGGAAGUUCGGCAGAAGAAGAUUGUCGAGAAGAUCGUGAAGAUCCCUGUCCCUCGUUACGUCGAAGUCCCCAAGUACAUUGAACAGCCGGUUCCGCGGGAGAAGAUUGUGAGGGUGGAGAAAAAAAUCGAAAGGAAGGUUCCGACGCCCCAGCCUCAAGAAGACACGUACCAGGAGGUUGAAAAGCCGGUCUACGUGACAAAAUACAUUGAGAGACGAGUGCCUGUCCCAACGGAAAGAGUCGUCGAGGAGCACGUCCAAGUGGAAGUGCCACGGGAGGUGAUUGUGAAGAAGCCGUACGACGUGGUUCGCCUCGUGGAGAAACAAGUGGAAGUGGCUGUUCCCUUUGUCUCGGGAGACCCUCUGAUUUUGACGGCGGAGGGGUACAUUCCUUUUCAAGAGUUUGCGCGAAAGUCGCAGGUGCUGACUCCGAAGGACAGGCAGUUCUACGAGCGGCAGUCCGAGGCUCUCGGCUCUGUGCAUGCACCCACCUGGGACCAGCAGAGUCUCCCUUCGCCCGCGCGCUCUUUCUCUCCUGCCUCAGAGGUCGCCAGCUCUCGAGGAGCUCAGGCUAGACUGCCGGAGGAAGUCGCCCCCAAAGGAACUUCCUCGUCGAUAGGCGCGCUGUCUCAGACCACUCAGCAGUCCGCCUAUCCUCUCUCGCCUCUCAAUUCCCCCACCUCGAACUCCACUUGUUCCGGCCGCCCCCAUCUCUCUCUAGUCCUCAAUUAG